AUGGCCUUGGAGAAGAUCGUCUACGCGUUGGUGAUUACUGUACGCAAGUUGGCGCCUUAUUUUCAAGCCCAUACCGUCCGGGUCCUGACAGAUCAGCCCCUGGGGAGUGUAUUGCGAAACCCAACGUCGUUAGGACGAUUGGUAAAAUGGGCCAUGGAAUUGACCCAAUAUGGGAUCGAGUAUCAACCACGCCCGUCCAUUAAGGGGCAAGCCUUAGCCGACUUCUUGGUCGAAUGCACCGCAGGGGAGGAUGAUAAAGAGGGCACCACGGAAGAUAAUCCAGGCGAAUGGUGGGAGAUGCACGCGGACGGAGCAGCGAGUCGACAACAUUGUGGAGGCAGAGUCAUGCUAAUUACCCCGGAAGGGUUCCGGCUUUACUAUGCCUUAAGCUACUUGUUUCCAACGUCCAAUAACGAAGCCGGGUACGAGGCUGUGUUGGGCGGUCUACGACUCGCCAAAACGCUAGGGGUGGAACGUCUGCGAAUCAAAACCGACUCUCGGCUAGUGGUUGGACAGGUUUCAGGCACCUGCGAAGCUAAGAACGCUCGGAUGGCCCAGUAUAAGGAGAAGGCGAUAGAGAUGCUAAGAGGAUUCGGGAUGUAUGAAAUUGAAUACAUUCCGCGAGCAGACAACACUGAGGCUGACAUAUUGUCGAAAAUUGCCCUGGAGGGGGUACCAGAUCACCUUGUCAAGAUUUGCCAAAAAGAGGAGUUAAAUCAACCAAGUACAGAGGACACGACGUUAGAAGUCCAGCAGGUAGACGUCGAAGAGUGGGAUCGAGAGAAAAAUCUCGAGAUGUUCUGGAUUGACGACAUCCGGCGAUAUAAGGAAACGGGGAAGUUGCCAGAAGACUCAGGAGUCGCAGCGAGGGUUCGACGAAAGGCCCCCUCGUUCGAAAUCAUUGACGAACAAAUAUACAAGCGAUCAUUUGGAGGCCCCCUCUUGAAAUGCCUACUUAGGCCCGAGGCGGAGAAAAUAAUGGACGAAGCCCAUCACAGAAUCUGUGCCGCCCACCAGGGCGCCCACACCCUUGCCCGGAAGCUGGUCGUCCAGGGAUACUAUUGGCCGACUAUGAUGCGAGAUUGCGUUGAGUGGAUAUCUAAGUGCGGCAUUUGCCAAGCCUUCGCCCGGAAGGAUACCCGGCCGGCCACCUUCUACACGCCGGUCACCACGGUCAUCCCGUUCGCUAAAUGGGGAAUCGAUUUGCUGGGUCCACUACCGGUCGCCCCUGGCGUCUGA